GCCACUCAGAGGGACUCGACUCUCCUUUGAAGCCUGCACAUCUUCAGUUCUCCGCUUUCCCCCCUUGACCACCUCAACUACCGCAACAUGAACACGUACAGGAAGUCCUACUCGGUGGCAGGCUCCAGCAGCGGCUCCAGAAGGUCCUUUGCAGGACCCCAAGGCGGCUAUAGAACGAGCUACACUCUUAGUUCCUCUGGUGGUGGUUUAGGUGCUGGUGGUUCAAGUGCUGGUGGUUUUGGUAUUGGCGGUUAUGGUGGAUUUAGUUCCAUGAGCUCUAGCUCAAUGCUUGGUGGUGCCUAUGGCGGAGGCAACUUCAUGGCUCCCGGCAUCACCCAAGUCACUGUCAACAAGACUCUGCUGACCCCCAUGAGUCUGGAUAUUGACCCAAGCAUCCAGGCUGUCCGUACCCAAGAAAAGGAACAGAUCAAGACCCUCAACAAUCGCUUCGCUUCCUUCAUUGAUAAGGUACGUUUCCUGGAGCAGCAGAACAAGAUGCUGGAGACCAAAUGGAGCCUCCUGCAGGAACAGACCACCACCCGCUCCAACAUUGACGCCAUGUUUGAGGCUUACAUCGCAAACCUGCGCAGGCAACUCGAUGGGCUGGGCAACGAGAAGGUCAAGCUGGAGGGAGAACUGAAGAACAUGCAGCUCCAGGUGGAGGACUUCAAAACAAAGUAUGAAAAUGAAAUCAACAAGCGCACAGCGGCAGAGAAUGAGUUUGUCCUCUUGAAAAAGGAUGUUGACGGUGCUUACAUGAACAAGGUGGAGCUGGAGGCCAAAUGUGAUGCUCUUCAGGAUGAGAUCAACUUCCUCAGAGCCAUCUAUGAGGCUGAGCUUCGGGAACUGCAGUCCCAGAUCAAGGACACCUCUGUCGUUGUGGAGAUGGACAACAGCCGCAACCUGGAUAUGGAUUCUAUUGUGGCCGAAGUGCGCGCUCAGUAUGAGGACAUUGCCAACCGCAACAAGGCUGAGGCGGAGGCCUGGUACAAACAGAAGUUCUUGGAGAUGCAGAGCUCUGCUGGCCAGUACGGCGAAAACCUUCAAUCAACCAAGGCUGAGAUUGCUGAGCUGAACCGCAUGAUUGCCCGUCUUCAGAACGAGAUUGAGGCCGUCAAGGCACAGAGGGCCUCCCUGGAGGCUCAGAUUGCAGAGGCUGAGGACCGCGGUGAGUUGGCAGUGAAGGAUGCCAGGCUUCGCAUCAAGGACCUGGAGGAAGCCCUCCAGAAAGCCAAGCAGGACAUGGCCCGCCAGGUGCGUGAAUACCAGGAGCUGAUGAACGUCAAAAUGGCCCUGGACAUUGAAAUCGCCACCUACAGGAAACUUCUGGAAGGAGAGGAAAACAGAAUUGCCGCUGGACCCUCCAGUGCAACAAUUCAUGUGCAGCAGAAUUCAAGCAGUGCCGGAUACUCCAGCUCUGGCUCCGCUGGUGGAUUUGGUUAUGGUGGCAGCAGCAUGUCCGGUGGUUAUGGUGGCAGCAUGUCCGGUGGUUUUGGUGGAAGCAGCAUGUCCGGAGGUUACGGUGGAAGCAGCAUGACCGGAGGCUACGGUGGUACUAUCACAAAGUCCACUGUGUCCACGUCCAGCUCCAGAAGAAACUUCUAAGAAAGAGAGCAGUCCCUCUUGCCGUCACCGUGCUAUCCAAUAUCAGUCGUUUGUCAUCGGAACCACUUCUCCUCACGAGGGUCACGGGCAUGCUGCAGCCUUACCCAGCAAUCUUCAGGUGGUAGGCGGGGUACACCGUGAACUGAUCACCAGCUAAUCGCAAUAUCCAAUACCAACAAACGAGAAAAAUGUUCCACUCACCAGUUGUGCCUCGAAAUCAUUGAAUCUCUUUGUACAAUGUCAUUCAUCAUUACUGAAGACAAUUUGGGAAUGCCCUCGUUGAAAUACCAUGAUGAGUGCUGAAAUUGUAAUAAAGACAUCCUGAACACACGGUUCAAUCCUA